CGCUCAUCCCCCGCUCAUCCCCCGCUCCCGGCGCUGUUUCCGGGAGCCGCGGGCAGGUGAGGAGGCGGCGGCGGAGCGAGGGGGCCGCUAUGAGGCUGCUGCUGCUCGCGUGUCUGCGGGCUCAGACCGGCAACGCCACCACCGCCGCCAGGAUACAGAAUCAUCUACAUGCUGCAGGUCAUAUCUGUGUUCUCAAAGAUGCUUUCCUGUACGAAAGUCCAGCUGAAAUUGCCGAUCUCACCUCCACAGACAAGUUUGAUGCAGCCCUGGCCAUUCAUCUUUAUAAAGGAGGCAGACUUCUGCAAGGGAGCAGAAUUCCUUUUGGAAUCAUCUUUGGUGGGACAGAUGUAAAUGAAGAUGUCAAAAGUGAAGAGAAACAUCGGGUAAUGGGAGCAGUGCUAGAGGAAGCCAGGUUUGCAGUGGCUUUCACAGUGGAAAUGAAGGAACUGGCAGCAGCAGAGUGGCCAGAGGCGAGGAAGAAAAUAUAUGUCCAAACUCAAGGAAUUAAGACAACCCCCAGUGAAACAUUUGACUGGUACAGGUUUCUAGAACGUGCAGGCAUUCCUACAGAUACAGACCGUUUACAUCUGUUUCUUUUGAUAUGUGGACUUCGAAGAGUAAAAGACCCUCUCUAUUUAGUAGAAGUCUUUUCUGAUUGGCACAGAAAGGAUCCCAGUGUCCAUCUGGGCAUUAUUGGACCUGCAGUGGAUCCGCUUUUUACGAGGGAAGUUAAGGAAAAAGUUAAAAGGGCACCUGGAGUCCAUUUGUUACAGGAGCUGCCACAGGAUGAUCUCCACGCUGCUGUGAAAAGGUGCUUUGCCCUGGUGAACAGCUCCACUUCAGAAGGGAUGUCUGCUGCAAUUCUGGAGGCAAUGGAUUUAGAUGUUCCAGUGCUGGCAAGGAACAUUCCAGGGAAUGCAGCAAUAAUAAAACAUAAGGAAACAGGCUUGCUGUUUUCAAAUCCCCAGUUCAGUGAACUCGGACUAGGUGUCAGCCUUGCUGAAGGUUUGUGCUGCUCAGACCUGCCAGCAACUUGUUGCACUGGAGCUUGAAGGUUCCAUAACCAAACCUCUGGAAGAGAUGCUCUGGGACAUAUGAUCCUGUUGAACACAGACUGAGAGCUCUCCUGAUAUUGAUGCUGGGACAUUCUGUUGUUUCCCUCAACAUGUUGGCUGCAUUUGGCUUGGAAUUCAAAUACAUUAUUCAUACCAGACCCAAUUAACUUCAUCGUACGUUCUUGUAAGCAGCUCUUCUGUGAUCUCCAAGCAUCCCACAUUCCACGUGUUUAUUUGGAAUUCAAGAUCAAUUGAAAAUAUGCUCUAUAUUUCACGCAGAGGAAAGUGCCCUUCCAAGCACAGGAGUAGUCCCAGUGACAUCAGUGACUCUGUACAAAUGGCUAAGGACUGAAGGACUGUGUUUGAUAUCAGAACUAGAGUCACAGGCUGUAAAUGUGUCUUAGUUUCUGUAAUCUUAGUUUCUAUAAACCCCUUCUGCCCGAGCUCCCAUCUCUGCACUGUGCAAGGCCAAAGAUCAGAACCCCCCUUGUUGACCCCUUUUUGGCUGUUAUUCUGCCUCAGCAGCCCACAGAAGCUCUUUUGGGUGAAGAUGGUAACUUGCAUUACCACAUGAACGAGCACACUCCUCGGUAAUAUUUGUGCUGGAAUCAGCAGAGUCUGGGAAGGGAAAGGAAUACCCCUGCUUCCUCUGGGAAACAGCAAUUGUAUCUCAGUUAAUAAAAUACCUUCAUUGCUGUCAAAUGGUCUAUAAACCAGCAAAGUUUGCAAAUGGGUCAGGAAAAUAUUUGUUUGAAGGAUAAUGCCCCAAUCCCACCGUAGAGUUGUUGAAAAACUUUCUUCUUGCAGAGAUGAGCUCCGAAUGCCAAUCAUCAUCACUCAUGGUUUUAAAGAUAAAGUAGCCAUUUACUCUUGUUCCUUAUCUCCCCAAACCAUAUCCAAUGCAGUUUUUUAAACCACUGCACACAGCCUGUCAGAGGUUAAAAGUUAUAUGAGAUCAAAGAAAUGCAAUUAAGUCAGAAAACUUACAGUGUUGAAUUCUGCCACACAUUUUAAUUGUUGGGAGAAGGAAGGCUCUGCCCACGGCACUUGGAAUGCCUUGGAAGAUUCCCUCUGACUGAAUGGGGAUUGGAAAACGUGUUCUGGUAAGCAGUUUUUUUUUUUGGUUUAGUUACUCUGAUUACUUUGACAUCUUAAGCCUCUUUUCUUCUGUGCCCCCAAAUGCAUCAGGUUGGUGAGGGAAGUGCCUUUAACUACACAGAGAAGUUAGAACUGUGUCCAGGUGCUGGGGAAUGUCUGUCUCUGGCUUGAAAAAUCUGGACCACCAAAGACUAGAAAAGAAAUCUUCUUUGCCUGGUUUGGUGGAUCCUUUCUGGUUGUGAAGGUACAGGCUGGAUCACAGCUCAAGAGUAGAGAGCAGUGCUUAUUUUCAAGUUGUUUCUGAUCUGAGGAGGGAAAGCUUUACAAAACUGGCUGGCUUAGAUCUGAGCAAUUGUGCCUGUUAUCUUUUGAAAGCUAAAUCAGAGGGAUAUUAAUUGACCAUUAUGCAAUGAGAAUUGUUUUAAAUGGUGAGUGCUGUUGGCUUUCUUCUUUCCUUCUUGCUGGAAGUGAGCUUUUGUGGCCUACAGGAAAGCAGGAAAUGUUGGGUCUAACUGUAGUCAUGGUUAACCAUUUGCAUUUGACUGGAAAUAUCAAAAGCCUUGCCAAUCACUGAAGCCCACACUGAGAUGGAAAUAAUCCAUGUGACAGCUAUGGAAUGUUUUGUCCUUUACACUCCAUUAUUUGUGAACAUUACUGUGCAUGUUACUUUUAAAUGAUGGUUUGAUCCUGCUGCUACUUGAAUUUGCAAGUUUAUGGAAUAUUUGACACUGAGUUAAUGGAACUUGAAAUAAAAAAUAAGUGAGAGAUAAGAAUAGGGCAAUAAAUAAUGCAAAACCAUGUUAAAAGGGAUGACACAAAGAGUUAUUCAGCAUCCUAAGUUAAAUUAGAUGUUCAAUGUCUGUAAAAGCUCGCAGAAGGACCUAAAUAAACAGAAGGAGGUAAAUAAACUUCAAAGCCAAUAAGAGAGGGGCCAAGCAUGAACAGAGGUUGAGAGAGGGACACACUGAUGUUAGCAGAGACAACUUUUGAAGUGGUAAAAGGGAACCCCAGCUCGACUGGGGGCAGGCAUCAAUACACUGGAGCUACAUUGGUUUCCUCUGCCAAACAUGGGGCAGUGCCAUUUCCACCAGGGCUUCAAGCCCAAGUUUUAGAGCUUUGAAUCUUCUCACUGAAUAGACUAAUUUUCAAUUUCUGGCAGUGCCAGCACUCACUGUUCAGCCUCCCCCAGACACACUGGCCCUUUGCCCUGUGCAGUGCACAGAUGGACCAGCUCCUCCCGAGCUCUGCCUGCCACCAGGUAGAUCUGUCACUGUUCUGGAUUUACACCUGGAGUUUGCCUUCCCUGGGGUGAUUCUCUGUUGUUUAAAAAUCAUGUUCUUUUGUCUGCUGAAGCUGAUAUGAAAUGGUUUAAUUGCAGACUUACUUUCAUUAUAU